AUGAAACCAAUAAGCCGUCAAUCACUUCAAAAGAUUCCCCUUGCCUAUGCCUCCUGCUCAAUUGGCUGCGGGCCAAACGACACACUCGCGCGCCGACUGAAAGCAAUCAGCAAAGCAGGCUUCACCUCAAUCGAGCUUUCUUUCCCUGAUAUUGUCGAAUUUGGCUCGCAGGUACUCGGAUACCCCGUCCAGCCGGAUAAUUACUCCGUACUCCAAGGCGUCGCCCGAGAUAUCCGCCGAUUAUGCGAUGAGAAUGCAUUGACAGUGAUGAUGUUGCAGCCCUUCUCAAAUUUUGAAGGAUGGCCGCAGGGCUCAGCCGAGCGUGAGGAAGCGUUUGCGAGAGCGAAGGGCUGGAUUGAGAUCAUGAAGGUUGUUGGCACGGAUCUUUUGCAGGUUGGAGCUACAGAUACACCCGAAGAGAAAAUAUUCACAUCCCGGGACACCGUCGUCUCCGAUCUUCGUGAGCUAGGAGGUAUGCUAGCCAAGCAGAAUUUCCGACUCGCCUAUGAAAAUUGGUGCUGGUCUACACACGCACCAGGCUGGAAAGAAGUAUGGGAAAUCGUGCGCGAUGUCGAUCUUCCAAAUGUCGGUCUCUGUCUCGAUACAUUCCAAUCCUGUGGAAGCGAAUGGGGCGAUCCAACUACCUCGUCAGGAUUGAUCGAAACCGAAUCACAUGACCAACUUCAAACCAACUGGCAUGCGAGCAUGGAGCAACUAGCAGCCACUGUCCCCGGCGACAAGAUCUAUCUCUUGCAGAUCUCUGAUGCGUAUAAGGUCUCGCCUCCGCUUGAGGACAAGGUCAUUGAUGGGUUGCGCCCGCGCGGUCGCUGGAGCCAUGACUUCAGGCCUAUGCCCUAUGAUGGCGGGUACCUGCCGAUUGAGGAUUUCGCAAGGGCGGUGUUGCAAACUGGGUUCAGGGGGUGGUUCUCUGUGGAGAUCUUUGAUGGGGGUCCUGAGGGUAAGGGGAGGACGUAUGAUAUUAAUGAGUUUGCGAAGAAGGCUAUGGUGAAUACGCAGAAGCUUCUAGAUAAUUGUGCUACGGACGGUCAAUAG